AGCCGUACCCGUACCCUCACAUCACGGAGUGCUCAGUUAGCAAUAGAGCAAGCCGUCCAAUUCACAGAGCAAGCCAUCACCGCGCGGGAAGCAAUGAAGCAAAAGAUCGUGAUCAAGGUGAGCAUGCCGUGCGAGAGGAGCCGGACCAAAGCCAUGACGCUGGCCGCCGGAGCAAAUGGGGUGAUAUCGGUGGCGAUCGCCGGGGAGAAGCUGGAGGUGGUCGGCGACGACGUCGACCCGGUCAGGCUGGCCAGCUGCCUGCGCAGGAAGGUCGGCCACGCCGACAUCCUGCAAGUGGAGGAAGUCAAGGACAAGAAGCCGUCCGAGGACCCCAAGCCGCCGCCGGCGCCGCCGGCGCCGCAGCCCGUGGUCGUGCACCCGCCGCCGCCGCACUGGCCGCACUGCUACCCCGGAGGCUACCACCACCACCACCACCACCACCACCACCCGCCGCCGCCGCCGGUGGUCGUCUGUGACGAGCCCAGCGGCUGCCACAUCAUGUAAUUAGAACGGCUGACAUGAAUAGCUGAGGUCGAUUUUUUUUCGUCAUGUAGGUACAGUUCUUUUCAGCGACUUGAGGUUAAUUGAGGGAGCUAUGAACGAUUUGUGCAAAUAAAGUUUACUUUUUUUUUUUGCGG